CCGGGAGCUCGGAGGGGCCGGGCUCCGCCCGCUCGGCGCAGCCAUUGGCUGGCGCAGGUGAGGCCAGACGGCCUCCCGUCUGCGCCAGGGGCGGGCCGGGAGCGGAUGAAUGAAGCCGGAGUGGGCUGCGAGGGGCCGCCAGAGCGUGGUGCGCAGCGCGGCAGCACGGCGCUCGGACGAACAAACCGGCCCCUGGAAUACCGUUUCACAACUUCCGUUGCUGGCACUGUCACCCCCUCGGCAGAGAUGCCCCAACACUCGAUGGGGGACAAGCCCUUCAUCUCGAUGCCGCAGCUGGUCUUCCCCAGCCCACCCUCGGCCGGGGACAGCGGGUGUGGCCGCACCCCCCCCAGCAGGCGGGCGUCUCUCAGCUCGCCCCUGAGCCACAGCACCCUGCCUUCCGCUGCCCAUAGCCCCCUGGACUCCUGCAGCCGGCCGCUGUGCAAGCCGCCAGCCGAGAAGCUUGGGCCCCCGGCGGCCCGUGAGGUGCGCUACGUGUCUGCCGGACCACAGAACCUGGCGUGUGGCUGGUGGGCCUUCACCCCUGAGUGCCUGCAGGCCUUCAACACACCCAGGGGCUUCCUGUUCUUCCUGUGCGUGGCCUCCUUCCUGCAGGGCAUGACGGUGAACGGCUUCAUCAACACCGUCAUCACCUCCAUCGAGCGCCGCUAUGACCUGCUCAGCUACCAGAGCGGCCUCAUCGCCAGCUCCUACGACGUGGCCGCCUGCCUCUGCCUCACCUUCGUCAGCUACUUUGGGGGCAGUGGACACAAGCCCCGCUGGCUGGGCUGGGGUGUGCUGGUCAUGGGCGCCGGCUCACUGGUGUUCGCGCUGCCCCACUUCGCCGUGGGCCCCUACCAGGUGGAGGUGGACGAGGGCGUUGGGACGUGCCGGGCCAACGGCAGCAUGGCGUGCGGGGACAGCACCUCGGGCCUGUCCAGCUACCGGCUGGUCUUCAUGCUGGGCCAGUUCCUGCACGGCGUCGGCGCCACGCCGCUCUACACGCUGGGCGUCACCUACCUGGACGAGAACGUCAAGUCCAGCUACUCGCCCGUCUACAUUGCCAUCUUUUACACCGCGGCCAUACUGGGCCCUGCAGCUGGCUACCUAAUCGGAGGCGCCCUGCUGAACAUUUACACGGAAAUAGGCCGACGGACAGAGCUGACCACCGAGAGCCCGCUGUGGGUCGGCGCUUGGUGGGUCGGCUUUCUGGGUGCUGGGGCCGCCGCCUUCCUCAUCGCAGUGCCUAUCCUUGGCUACCCGCGGCAGCUGCCAGGUUCCCAGCGCUACGUGGUCAUGAGAGCGUCUGAAACAUACCAGUUAAAGGACAGUGGCCACAAGGCAGCCAGCAACCCCGACUUCGGGAAAACCAUCCGAGACCUGCCUCUCUCCAUCUGGCUCCUCCUGAAGAACCCCACGUUCAUCCUGCUCUGCCUGGCCGGGGCCACUGAGACCACUCUCAUCGCCGGCAUGUCCACCUUUGGCCCCAAGUUCCUCGAGUCCCAGUUCAGCCUGAGCGCCUCGGAAGCUGCCACCUUGUUUGGGUACCUGGUGGUGCCGGCAGGCGGCGGCGGCACGUUCUUGGGCGGCUUCCUGGUGAACAAGUUCAAGCUCCGCGGCUCAGGUGUCGUCAGGUUCUGCCUGCUCUGCACCCUGACCAGCCUGCUGGCCUUCUCCGUGUUCUCCCUGCACUGCCCCAACGUACCCAUGGCCGGCGUGACGGCCAGCUACGGCGGCAGCCUCCCGCCCCGAGGCCCCCUGGAGCUGAUGGCCGCCUGCAACGCCGACUGUGGCUGCCGACCGGAACACUACAGCCCCGUGUGUGGCUCCGACGGCCUCAUGUACUACUCGCCCUGCCACGCGGGAUGCCCAGAGGUGGCUGUGCCCGGCCCCGGCGGCCAGAAGGUGUACCGAGACUGUAGCUGUGUCUCUCAGAAUUGUUCCUCUGGUUUUGGCCAUGCCACUGCAGGGAAAUGCACUUCAACUUGUCAGAGAAAGCCCCUCCUUCUGGUUUUCAUAUUCGUUGUAAUUAUGUUUACCUUCCUCAGCAGCAUUCCUGCGCUAACCGCCACCUUACGGUGCGUCUGUGACCAGCAGAGAUCCUUUGCGCUGGGAAUCCAGUGGAUUGUGGUUAGAAUUUUAGGCGGCAUCCCGGGGCCCAUCGCCUUCGGCUGGCUGAUCGACAAGGCGUGCCUGCUCUGGCAGGACCAGUGCGGGCAGCAGGGCUCCUGCUACGUGUACCACAAUGCAGCCAUGAGCCGCUACAUGCUCAUUGCCGGGCUGGUGUACAAGGUCCUGGGCUUCCUCUUCUUUGCCGCUGCCUGUGUCCUGUACAAGCCCCCGAAGGGAUCUUCCAACGGCCUGGAAGCUUCUCUGCCCAGCCGGUCCUCGGCCUCCGACAACCCUACAGACCUCCAGGAUGACCCCUCAGCCCUCCAGCUCCAGAAUAACGUCUGAUGGCCCACACGCCCGUCCAGGGGCAGGGGCCAGCCACUCGGCUGGCCAGAGACACUGCCUCAUUUCUCCCCAGAAGGGCUGACCCCCUGCUGAUUGAUCCCCCA